AUGACAAUAAACUUUUCGCUGCUGAAAUUGCAGGAGUUACGUAAGCAUUUCGCCUACGAUGAUAAACAACUGAGUGAAGUUAGCGAUUUACUGCUAAGGAUGAAGGAAUUGGCACAUCGGCAAACGUUUGGUGACAUAUUGCUGUCAACGAAACAAGCUGAAUCUAUACUGGAGAAUUUGCAAAAGAGACCAGCAAAACGACGCAGGAAAGCCAAAAAGAAGCAACCGGAUAGGCCUCGACGAAGUUUCAGCAGUGACCCGGACGCAAAAUGGGCUGACUUCCCGAUCAAGUAUCGUUUC